ACUUUUUGUUACGCACACAGCUUAACACUAUUCGUGUGUUUUCGCGGUACUGAGAGCGUCGUUCGUCUGUGGUUGAACAUAAUUCUCAAAAUAUUUAGAAUAAACUACACCUAUAAUCAGUGUUUAAUGUUAUUUUUUCGUUUUAGUGUUAAUUGACUUUUAACUUCUCAUGCCGUAAUUAUAUCCAAAAGCAAGCGGUCUAGUGAUACGAGAAAUUGAGAUGGCGCGUGCAUGACCGUAUAAUAUUAGGUCCUCUCCGCGUAAUAAAUUAGGACUUUGCUCGAACGAUAAUAAAUCGUCAGCAAAUUUAAUUAAUGUUAUUGCAUCUAGAUAAUUUAUUGUUUAUAAAAAUACUGUUGGCAAAUUCGAUACUAUUAGGAGUGUUGUGAAAAAAAGGAAUUUAAGUUUUCGACAUUAAGAGUUUGAUAGGUACAGCAAAGAGUCGGCCUUUUGCAUCAAUUGUGUACAUCAAAUCAUUAAAUUGAACGUCAAAAUUGCACUGUGUUAUCUAAACCUUAACAUAGACGCUUUGUGGCGUUCGAAAUCAGUAAAAAGCGAACAGAAGUCGCUGUAUCUUUUUUCGAUUCACGCAUUUAUCAUGUUUUUUAUACACAUACACAAGUUUCUGAAUACGAUAUCUAUCUGAGUUACGUCAGCGACGCGUUCGAGAACGUUGAAGAUUUCUUCAUUUAAAAAAUGGAAGAUUCAGAAGACAAUAUCAUGACUACUGAAGAUGUCAAAAAUGUGGAUAAUCCAACAACUGUUCGUGUUAAACCAAAGAAAAGAUCCAUUGUUGAGCGGGAACUUGAAACUAACUUGACUGCUAGAAUCACUUCACCGCUCACAAAUCGGGAUAGGACAAGCACAAGUCGGUAUGGUCGAGCUCGCAGACUCAAGAUUGAGACUGAAGUGUCAGACUUAAAGAAGGUCAUUCCUGAUGUUCUAAAGAGUAAUCAAAAUGAAAAGUCACCAGUUAAAGCACAGUCACCUGUGUAUAAGAUGCAUGCUUCAAAUUCACCGAUGAAGAUGGAAUCACCGAAAAGGCAAAUAGAGGCUUUUGUGGCCCAAGGUCAAAAUAGUCAGCAAGAAAACAUAUCAGUUAACUGUUUUGAUUCUGAUGAUAUUUCACCAGAAAAUAGAUUACCUAAGAUAUUUGUUAGGAAAGACAUAAUGAAAUCUAAAGACACUAAGCUGGGCAAAAAUGUUUUCUCGCCAAAAAAAUCCCAAAAAAUUAACAGUCAUCUGAACAACCUCUUGGAACGUACUUCAGCUAAUUUCAAUAUGAACAAAUCCAAAGACUAUAUUGAGAACUUGUCUGUGGUUAAAACUUUAGAUUUUGACAGUAAAAAAAAGAAGAAAGAGAAUAAAGAAAGCAAGAGUAAUAUCAAUACAGUAAAAGAAAAUAAAACUGCACCUAAAAAUGAGGUGUUUGAUUUAGAAGCUCAGUGUCUGUACCAGGUGGGAGACCUUGCCUGGGCUCGAAUGGGUACAUAUCCAUUCUGGCCAAGCAUCAUCACUAGGGACCCUUUAAGUGGGCUCUUUGUAAAAAAGAAGUUGUUUGGUCGUGUAGAAAGAAACAUUAUACAUGUUACCUUCUUUGGGGACAAUGGUCGAAGAAGUUGGAUUGUUGAAAACAUGUUGAGGAGGUUCAUGGGCCUUGCUGAGUUUCAGAUGACUAAAGAACAAUUUACUUCAGAGGACAAGAAGAAAGAUCCUAAAUUAUAUUCAUCAUUUUCUAUAUCUGAAAAGAAACAGCCUUUGUGGAUGACGUCAGUUGAAGAAGCUGAAAUGCUUUUAAGAGAACCAAAGCGUUUACGUAUUGAUUUACUGAAUGAAAUGCUUGUCAGGUCUAGAACUUCGAAACAUUUGCCUAAAGGUCACAAAAGUGGGAAAAUUUCACGUGCAGAUAGUGAUGUUUCACUUAGCGAAAGUUUGUAUGACACACUCUUCUCUGAAGAUGAUGGUAAACCGGAUGAAGAUGGGAACAAUUCUAGAAAGAAAUCCCUAGACGUCUCUGAAGUGGUGACGGCUUGCUUGGAUAACAUGGCAGCCAAAACUGGCAUAACAAAGAUUCAGAAGCAAUCUCACAUGGACAGGUGGCUGCAAAAGGCAAAGUCGAAAACACCAGAAAAGACGCAAGUAAAAGCUUUAGUUUCCGUUAAUUUAGUCGAAAAUAAGAUGAAAAAUGAUUGUAGUAGUAAAAAGAACAAACAACAUAUUGCUGAUGAAACUGUCAGUAAAUCAUACAGUUUGAGAAAAUCGAAUGAAUCUCAGAAUUUUUCGGAGAGUCACAGCGAACAUGAUUAUAGUAAAUUUGUUUCAGAUGAUGAAAGCCCUGAAGAAGGCAUAGGGAAGUCGGAAAAGUUUGAAUAUAUAUCUUUAGAUGAGUCCGGAAGUGGUAUUGGUUUUAUUGCAAAAGUCGAAUCGCUCGCCGACGAAAAUAUCGAUGAAAAUUAUUGUGAGAAUUCUAAUGAAAGUUCUGAAAAUGCCAAAAGUGUUCUUGACACAGUUCCUAAAUCAAAUGGUAUUGAAAAUGAUAAACCUAUAAGUGAAUCUAAGCCAGUGUCUUAUGACUUUAGUGUUCAAUUAGAUUCUUGUAAUGAAAAAAGUGAUUCAGAGAAAUUAAAUGACAGUAGUAAGAAGAGUAAAUUAUAUAUUAGUAAUGGUGGUUCUUCUGAAGAAAAUAAUGCACAUAAUCAUAAAAGUAUGAAUACAGAUUCUAAAGAAUAUUGUGUAAAAAAUAUCUCUGUUGUUAAUGACAAUGAAAGUGUUACUAACAAUAAUAUAGAUAAAUCUACAAUUUAUAGUGUUAGGGAAGAAGAAGAAGGAAGAAGUGAUUGCCUUAAAAACUGUGUAGAUAGUACAAAUGCAGAUAACGAAGAUGUUUAUUCUGACGAAGUCAGCUCUGUUGAAUCUUUAGUUUGGAGCCCUUUAACUGUAGCUGGUAACUCCGACACUGAGAAGGAUAUGCUUGAAGAUGAUAUAUUUACAAAAGAUUUUGAAGAUAAUCAAGAACUUAAUUACAAAAGGGAUGUUAAAGAAACUGAUCUGGAAAAAUCUGAUAUAAAAUCUAUAGCAGAACAAAGUAAGCAUUUCGUAGUAUCUAUGAAUAUGGAUAAAACUAUGAAUACUGAAGAUAAAAUUAGUGAUGAUAGUAACAAUCUACAUGCCCAAGCUACAAUUAAAAAUAAUAUUUCCGAAGUUGGUCAAAGAACUGAAGCGGUUAAUCAUGAGACUGAAGAAAACCAUGUGAAUGAAAAAACUAUGCAAAAUGAAAUUGCUACACCGAAUUUAAUAACUAGUUCAGGUGGAAUUGUGACUGAAAUAUCUGUAACCAAAGAUUCGGAUCUCGAUAGUAUAAAAAAUUCUGAGAGUGAAGAUGAACAUCACGUCAAAGUUAGAGGGGUGGUGAAGAAAUCAUCGUCGAGCCUAAACGCAUCUACAAAUAAAAAUCCUUUAAAUAAGGUUAGUAGUACAAAAGUCACCACGUCUGAGAGCUCCAUUAAUUCGAAUUGUCUAAAUUCUGAAAAUAAAAAUGUUCAAAGUAUAAAUUCUGUAACUUCAACUACAAAAAAAAUGCCUGAAGAAAAUAAGCGAAAGGGAGAUGAGAGUCAACAACUAACAAAUGGUCACAUAGAUAAUCCUGAAGUAGAUGAGACAAAAUCUGGGAGAAACUGUGCCUAUAAAGAUGUGGAGAUACCUGGUUUUGAUGUAGAAGGAGAAUCUAUUGAUAGUGAGGAUAGCGAAAUAGUUGUAAAUAAAAUUAAGAGUAAAUUACCUCUCAAACAGAAAAAAACCACAUUAAAAGAUCCAGAGUUCCUAAAAUAUUUAGAAAUGAAACAAGAUGCUGUUAUGGACGAACAUCCCGAACUAAAUGAAAUGCAAAUAGUCGAAUAUUUACAUAAUACAUGGCUGUAUGAGAAAAACAAUGAAACUAAAAAAGCCAAUGACUUAGAUCAUCCUAAUUUCGUGAAAGGUCUAGAAGAGGGCAUUCGUAAAAAAGUGAAUCGUGCAAACAGGGUUUCUAAGGAUAGCAAUAAGAACAGAAGUAGAAACGUUGAAUAUGUUGCUGCCGGUGAAGACAUUGCAUCAAUUUAUUCAGAUGAAAGAUCCAGAUCGCCCAUAAUAUCAAUGGACAAACAAGAAGAGAUGCUUCGUACUAGACAAAAGACUAAUGCGGAUUCCACAAAAAGUGAUAGUAAAAAAGAAGUCGCGACUAAAAUCAGCGAGGAAAAAACUAGUGAUCAAUUAAUAGAAAAAGUUCAAUCAAGUACUGAAACUAAACAGAACUCGAAAGAAAUUCAAUCAUCUCUAAGCAGAUUACGGUUGAAAAUUAACGGGUCGUCGCCAAUGAAAUCCCCUCGGCGGGUUGAUUCUCAGGCCGGUGACGAAAAUGUCGACAAGAAUUCUCCACUUCAUAAAAUGAAAGAAGAACUAGAGUUAGAAACUACAUCGAUCGACUCAGAAUCGAGUGACGCGCCAUUGAUCUACCGUAAGCUAAGACAACGGAAUGCCAAAGAAAGUAAAAGUCCGGAUUUGAAAAAGGCCGCGGAUAAUUACGAAACAAUCUCCAUAGAGUCCGGAGAUAGCGACGUGGCUCUCAUUAAACGCAAACAGAAAAUAAAAAACGAUAAGAACGACAAGAAUUCUGACGAUCCUGAGUUUUUGAAGUAUCUGGAAUUGAGACAAGAUGCUCUGAUAGACGAAAACCCGCAGCUCACUGAAGAAGAAAUAAAGAAUUAUUUGUACAAAACAUGGAUCUACGAAGAGAAUUCUAAACAUGAACUUAAAAAGAGUGACGAUAUAGAACAGUCAGUUUUAAUCAAAGGCUUGAACGAUGAUGUAGCACGGCCGAAAAAAAUUAAAAAACAAAUCAAAGUCAACAAGCACCACAUUACCGAUUAUUUUGAGGUACGCGAGAAAUCGAAGAGAAAGAGUAUAAAGCCUUAUUAUAACGAAGAAUAUUCUGAUGAUAGUACAGAAAGCUUUGAGACCAAUUUCAAUAAUAAUGUUGACAAAAACGAUAACAGUAGAUCGGAUUCUUCUCCAAUCAAAAGUCUUAAAUAUGAUUCCAAGACGAAAACGGAAUACGAUGGGUCUGAAGACGAGUUUACGAAAUAUCAGUCCUAUUUUGAUGACCUGCUCCGACCUAAGCCGAAUGUAUUCAAAGGCAUGAUCCGAGAGAAAGUAUGUGACAUUUGCGAGAAUGCUGGCAGGCUUGUGAAGUGUCGCGGCUGCAAUGCGAUGUUCCACGUUGAUUGCACUAAAAAGCAAGCUGAAAAUAUAGAAAUGACCGGACCGACUCGUGGCCGUAAGAAAAAAAAGAAAGUUGGCAGGAAACCGAAAAAUUCAGAUGACUUUGAAAACAUCAGUGAUGACAAAAUUAACGAUAUCUCAGAGGAAAACGUUUCAAUGGAGGAAAUAGAAAUGGAACCUUUAGUGGUUGAUGCAGAACUUUUCGAAAGAGAAAUGAAGGUUAAGAUGAAAGAACUACUUGACAGCAAUGAGGAAAUACAAUACGAUUGUUACUCCAACGAAGAUAGCAUUCUCUGGGCUAAUUCCAUCGCUGGACGCUGUGAAAUCGUCGACGUUCAGCUAAAACGUAGAGAUUCCACAAAAGAACCGGACUAUUCAGAUUUCAAAUGCAACAAUUGCCAGAAAUACGAUACGCCAAUAUGUUUCGUGUGCAAAUUGGCGGUCACGAAAAACGGCUCUUCCUUACGACAGAGGUGCCACGUAGGCCAUUGUCACAAAUACUAUCAUUUGGAGUGCUUAGAGCAUUGGCCGCAGACUCAGCUAAGUUCCGGGGAGCCAUCAAUGAAGAACAAGAGGGUUAAUGAGCAUUUCGAGACCUUGACGUGUCCAAGGCACGUCUGUCACACGUGCGUGUCCGACGACCCACGCGGAUGUAAGACGCGCUUUAGUGGAGACAAACUGGCCAGAUGCGUGAGAUGUCCAGCGACCUAUCAUUCGUUUACGAAGUGUAUACCUGCCGGUUCCCAGAUCCUAAACGCCUCGCAUAUUAUAUGCCCGAGACAUUACGAGCAUAGGCCAGGAAAAGUAUCAUGCCACGUGAACACAGGUUGGUGUUUUAUAUGCGCAUUGGGUGGCUCCCUCAUUUGUUGUGAAUACUGUCCAACUUCAUUCCACGCCGAGUGCUUGAACAUAGAUCCUCCUGAAGGUGGCUACAUGUGUGAAGACUGCGAAACAGGACGCCUGCCACUGUACGGUGAAAUGGUGUGGGUGAAACUAGGACAUUACAGAUGGUGGCCAGGCAUAAUUCUACAUCCCUCGGAAAUACCCGAGAACAUUAUGGCAGUUAAGCACAGUCACGGUGAAUUCGUGGUUCGUUUCUUUGGGCAGUAUGAUCAUUACUGGGUGAAUAGAGGCCGAGUGUUCCCCUUUCAGGAAGGUGAUUCUGGUCGAGUGUCGAGUCAAAAAUCAAAGAUAGACGCAGCGUUCACCACAGCAAUGGAGCACGCGCAGCGCGCCUGCGAAAUAUUAAAAAGUGCACAGCAAAACGACGAAGAGUCAUCAGACAUUGCGUCGUCUCUACUGCCACCGCACUACGUUAAGUUGAAAGUGAACAAGCCAUGUGGCUCUCUCUGCGGUUGGAAACUGGAUGAUCCCGAGCUAUCUCUGACCCAGUGUGAAUGUGAUCCAACAAAUGAAGAUCCUUGUGGCCCGUACUCACAGUGCUUGAACAGAAUGUUGUUAACGGAAUGCGGCCCGACAUGCAGAACGGGCGAGCGAUGCAACAACAGAGCGUUUGAGAAACGACAGUACCCGAAGCUCGUGCCUUAUCGUACGCCACAAAGAGGCUGGGGACUCAAGACUUUGGAAGACAUCAAAGCCGGUCAAUUCGUGAUAGAAUAUGUCGGGGAAUUAAUAGACGAGGAAGAGUUUCGCCGCAGGAUGCGGAGAAAGCACGAGAUCAGAGACGAAAACUUCUAUUUUCUCACUUUGGACAAGGAGAGGAUGAUUGAUGCGGGACCAAAAGGGAAUCUUGCCAGAUUUAUGAACCAUUGCUGUGAACCGAACUGCGAGACUCAGAAGUGGACAGUACUGGGGGACAUUAGAGUCGGCCUGUUUGCUAUUAAUGAUAUACCAGCGCACAGCGAGGUUACGUUCAACUAUAAUUUAGAGAGCGCCGGUAUCGAGAAGAAGCGAUGCAUGUGCGGCGCCAAACGCUGCUCCGGGUACAUCGGAGCUAAACCGAAACAGGAUGAAUCGCUACUAAAAAAACCGAAAAGACCAUACAAGAAACGGAAAAUUGAAGAGUCUCCGUCAACUAAAGUCAAGCCUAAGAGACCACUCGGAAGACCGCCGAAGCCAAAAGAACUGACUGAAAUCGAAAAGGACCUCCUCAUUAUCAAGAAUGCCACCAACGACAUAUCCAGUGAUGAUUCAAAUAAACAUAGUUCUGAGGGAGACAGACCUAAAGCUAUGAAACGGAGACGGGUUAGUUUUAACAAUGAAGACAGUGUAUCGGUCGAUGGGGAAAUGCAAAGUAAAAAAUCAAAAAGCGAUUGAAAACAUAGCAUGUUAUUACAUGUUUUACACGACACAAAACUUUUUUAAGGAUCAAUCUUGUGUUUAUUUUGUUAAAUAUACAUCAAGGACUCUGAGUGCGAUAUUUCUAAAGAGUCUGCAAGGACGGUAAUAGUUUAAUUAAUAAAAUAAACACAAAAUUAAACCUCAAAGGCCUUUUUGGUAGUACUUUAGAUUUGCUAUUUCUAAGUUGGCCGGUAGAACUUAGGUGACACAAUUUUUUUUAGUGCUAUGUUUUUUUUAAUUAUCAUGUGAUAAAGUUUACAUUAAUCAGAUCAGACGGUUUAGAUUACAUUAGAGCUCUCAUACCGUAAAUUAUGAGCCAAAAUCGGUCGUUUAAAUAUAGCAAAUAUUUUUGGUUUCUAUAUAAAUUUCCAGAAAGACUUGGGUCUGCAAGAUUUAUUGUUUUGGUGAUUUCAUUUGUUCAAAGGCCAAUUAGAAAUGUGUAUGUGUAAUUUAAGUGAUUCUACUUUCAAAGUACAAUAUGCAAUAUUUUUGAGUUGUGCAAAACGCCUCAAACAACAAAAACAUAAAUUACUUAUCCAUUGACUUCUACGGGAGUGGAUUUAGUUAAGUUCAACUUUCUUAUAGUGUUGGACGUUUUUAGAAAGAUGUAUAUCAGAGACUUUAUUAGUUUUUAAUACGUAGUUAAUCUUUUUCUUCUCAGUCGUGUCACUCUUGACAGAGUGGUCGUGAUCGUCAUGUAGUGUUGGAAGGGGCAGACUUGACGCGUCUCACGAUGUCGCGCCAUCUCUCCCACUGCAGUUUUAAUUUGGUCGGUCCAUCGCAUUAAUCUUUUAUUUUUAAUUAUUAUUAAUGAAUUAAUUAAUAUAAUUAAUUAAUAAUAGAAUUAAUUAAUAUAAUUAAUUAAUAAUAAUUAAACUUUAAUUAAUUAAAUUAAUUAAUUAAAGUUAAUCUUUACUUAACACUAAAUAGGAAAGCUUUUUGACGCACUCACUGACAGUAAAUCAGAAUCAUGUUGGAAGUACCACUUUUAUUAAUACCUAUACCGACCAAGCUUAGUAGAUAUAAAGACCGGUUUUAUAGGACUGGUCUGAGUAACUCAUGUUGUAAAUUGUUUAACAUUUCAUCGGGUAAAGAAGUCUUGAAUUUCUGCCAAAAAAUUGACUGAGGAAAGAGAAACAUAAUUGUCACAUUUUUUUCUUGGGUCUGACCUUUUGUCUAGGUUUUUAACAUUCUCAAUUUGCACAUGGCAGACAAUUUAUUUACAAUAUCUCUUCAAUGACCACCCAUACACCCUGUAUAUAGGGAGCAUCAUCGAACUCGAUAAACCCAUAACAAAAAAACAAAAAAAAAGCUAAAUAUAUCCGAAGUCAACUCACUUUGGCACAUCCGGAUAAUAAUUAAUUGAAGAUUUGAAAUAAUUUGGUUUUUAAGUCUAGAGACGAUAUCGAUAAUAGUAUUAAGUUUCAUAUCGAUAAUGGCUCAUCGAAAAUCGACUUUGAUACUUACAAGCUGCGGGCACGGUGUUGUAAAAUUUAUCUUAAGUUAUCGGGAUCUCGUUUUUUUUUUGUGAAAUUCAUGUUUAGGACUAUCAGGUUAUAAUAUCAUAUAAAUAAAUAAAAGAAUAAUGUAAGUUUUGAGAUGUAGCAAAAUGAUCCGUAUUCUUUUGAGAUACAGUUGGUUUUUGUUUAAAAGCGUAUUAGAUCUGUUACGAAAUUGUUCCUUUUGUGUUUUAUGACGUAAUUAUAAAUGAAGGGUAUAUUGUUGUAUUUUUGUGUCGACAAAAUGUAUGUAUAAUAUCGAUAAAUUAAACUAAGAUUAUCGAUUUGGGCACAUUGAUGUAAAUAAUUAGGCUUUAAGUUAGUUUAAAAGAAUGUAGCCAUUGAAAUAAAUAUUACUUUGUUACCUAUACUGAAA